UUUUUUUUUAAUACAUUUCUUUCUUUUUUUAAAAGAAAAAAAAAUGAAAAUCAAGACAAUAAUAAAUCAAUUUGGUUUAUUAUUUCUUUUAUUCCCAUUCUUUAUUGAAUGUUAUAAAAGUCUAACAAAUGAGUCAUUACGACAUUUAGCAAAAUUAAUAGAACCUAAACGACUUUCGGUUGAUGGAGAACUCAUGAAACCCCUUUUAGUAGAAAGAGUCUCGGGUACAACUGCUAAUCAACAAGUACGAGAGUAUAUUGUUCAACAUUUUCAAAAAUUGGGUUGGCACGUAGAAUUAGAUGAAUUUAUAGAUACGACACCCUUUGGCAAUGUAUCGUUUGCUAAUAUUAUCGUUACUCAGAACCCAAAAAAAUCCACACGGCUUGUUUUAGCAGCACAUUAUGAUUCCAUGCAUUCACCUGAUUUUGAAUUUAUUGGAGCUACAGACAGUGCUGUUCCUUGCGGUAUUUUAAUGAACAUGGCUGAAAUAUUACAACCAAUUUUAUCUGAUAAAUCAACAAACUAUAGACAAUCUGAUAAAACAUUACAAUUUAUAUUUUUUGAUGGAGAAGAAGCAUUUAAAUCUUGGAGUCCGACAGAUUCCAUUUAUGGUGCAAGACAUCUAGCAAAUGUAUGGGAAUCUUCACUUGUAUCACAUCCUAAAAAAGUAUUUAAAAACAAGUUGGAUCAAAUUGAAGUCAUGGUUUUAUUAGAUCUUUUAGGCGUAGCUAAUACACAAUUCCCAAACUAUUAUCGCUCAACAAGUUGGUUAUAUAAUCAAUUAAUAAAGCUUGAAUCAAGGUUAAUCAGUUUAUCUCUUUUUCAUACUAAAUCAGCUAAAACGAAUGAAGAGUUACUAUCACUUUUUAAUCCAAAUUCAUUCCUUACAUAUAGAGGAGAAGCAAUAGGAGACGAUCAUGUUCCAUUUUUAAUACGUGGAGUGAAUGUAUUACAUUUGAUAACGCAUCCUUUCCCUUAUGUUUGGCAUACUAAACUGGAUAAUGCAGAAUGUAUUGAUAGUGCUGUAGUUGAAAACUUGGCGACUUUAUUUUGUACGUUUGUUGCAGAAUAUUUAGAAUUGAAUCCUUUGCCACAUCAUGAAUUGUAAUAGAAUAAAAUAGAUGAAUCAUAUAUAACACGCUUAUUUAUAAUAUACUUUUCUUUUUUAUUUGUAUAUAUAUCCAUUACUCUUGUCUGUAUAUACACCAUGAACAAAAAGAAGUAAUUAAACAUCCUUUACGCAAAGUACAAGUAUACAUUUACUGUAAUGUAAGGGAAAAGAAGAAGAGCAUUUUUUAUGUAGUCAUUCUUUGAUAUAUUGACGUAUAUAUAUUCCCUCAUUCCUUUUCUCCUUUUCUUUCUUUCUCUUUCUCUUUCUCUUUUCUUUAUUAUAUAAAUAUGUUAAAUACAGAUCAAAUAUUAUUUAUCAUAAUUGUUAUAGUUAUUUCCACUUUUAUUUUAAUUGGUCUAU